AAUUUGGAGUCUUUGUGCAGUUUUAGUUUUGGUUGUUUAGAGACACGUAGAGCGGAAAUGACAAAUUAAGCAAAACUGAAGGUCUGAACACGAGAAAAACGCAACACCCCCCUGAAAAAAGUUGUGAAUUUGAGGGGAAAAUCCAAUUUAAUGUGAGUGAAUCCAGUGGAGAUUACAGUUUUGGAGGGGUAGUUUUUUGUAUGCCAAUUUUGUCCUUCCAAACACUUGUAUAUAAUCAGCAUUUGGUGUGUGUGAGGUUCCAUUUUCUUCAUAGGGUGUUGUUUAAUUUUUGGGGUUCUUGAAAGGGGCAAAUUUUUAUACAAGAUUUUCUUCAGUGAGAGUGAAUGCUGUUGUGAAAAUGGCUGAUUCUCCUACCCAGAAAGAAAUUGAAGAUGGGCUAAAAGAUUGUGCCAAUAGCCUCAUCAACAUUCCUCAUUCUACUGAAGAGCUCAUCACUCUUCUUGAUGAAUUAGAAUCUCUGUUGAUAAGGGUAGCUCAAGCCCCUGCCGAUUCGAUUAAGGAUGCCCUUCUACCAGUAAUGGAAGCUGUGGUCAGAAGUGAGCUUCUAAAGCACACUGAUGCAGAUGUCAUAGUUUCUGUCAUAUCUUGUAUCUACGAGAUCUCUAGAAUAUCUGCUCCGCAGCAGCCUUAUGAUGAUGAACUAAUGAAGGAGAUUUUCCAGCUUACAGUAAGAACAUUUGAAGAGCUGUCUCAUUCAGGCCCCCGUUAUCAGAAGGCUGUGAAUGUACUGGAAACUGUGGCAGAAGUCAAGGCCUGCUUAAUAAUGCUGGACCUUGACUGUCAUGCAUUGGUUGUAGAGAUAAUCCGGAUGUUUCUCAGGAUCAUCAGGGCCGACCAUCCUGAUAUUGUAUUCACAAGCAUGGAAAUAAUCAUGGUUCUGCUCAUUGAAGAAAGUGAUGAAAUCAAUAUGGAGCUUCUUCAGCCCCUUCUUGAUAGCCUCAGAAAGGAAAAUCAGAUUUUGUCACCUAUCUCGUCAAAGUUGGGAGAGAAGGUCUUGAAAAAAUGUGCUUCCACCGUUAGACCUUGUCUUCUCAAAGCCCUCAAAUCAAGAAGCAUGGAUCUUAAUGAUCAUGCGGAAAUCAUUGCCUAUAUUUGCAAUGAAAUGCCCAAGGGAGAACAAUUGAUGGAAAAUGAAAAUGUGACUACUGAAAAAGUUGGUCCAUCUGCUGCUGUUAUCUGUGAGACACUGCUGGAGGAUGGGCCGCCUUCUAAUAAUAAUGGCACCUCUUCAAAAACAUUACAGCCUUGCAGCCAGAUGGAGCAGCCAAAGAAUAUUGGUGUUAGCAAUUGUAAGAUCAAAUCCGGUAGCAAAAGAAAACCACGUCAGAGCUCAAGGAAGAGAGGAUCUGUUCCGGAAGGUGAUGUGGACACCACUUCUGGUCUUAACAUUGUAAAAAGAGAAGAGAACCUUACUCACGCUGAGGAGUCAUCAGUGCAACAAAUUGAUGAACAGAAACAGAAGAAAGAGAUUCAUGAUAUAGAAGAAUCAGGAAAUGAGGAGAUUAAACCAUCAUUUGGGGAUGGAAAUCUCUCCAGCCAACUUUUCAAGACAAAGUUUCGGAGGAAGCUUACCGCAAGAAAGAAUCAGGAUUUUAAAAGGCGUCAGUUCACCAAAAAAUAUGGAGAAGAAAUAGUUGGUACCAGAAUAAGAGUUUGGUGGCCAUUGGACAAAAUGUUCUAUGAGGGUGCAGUUUCUGGAUUUGAUCAUGUGAACAAGAGGCAUCAGAUUGCAUAUGAUGAUGGUGAAACGGAAAUCUUGAAUCUGAAUAAGGAGCAGUUUGAGUUUCUUGAAGACAAUCCAUCUGACAAGAAACAUGAAGCGGAUCUUCAAUGCAAUGCUGUUUCAUCUGUUCCGUCUAAAAGUAAUCCCCAAAAGUGUGACUUUGGGUCCAUGGAUAUUCCAAUUCCAGAUAAGAUGAAUGCUGAAGUUGGUUGUGAAACAAGCAGUGGGAAAAAAGAACUUGUGGACAAGGAAGAUAAAGAUACCACACAGAAUCAGAGACUCGAGACUAGCAAAAUUGCCUUAGAGAGCUCAUUGACGCGUGAAGACCAUCCAUCUGACGAGAAGCAUGAAACAGAUCUUCAAAGCCAUGAUGUUUCAGCUAUUCUAUCCAUGAAAAAGAAGGCAAAAGGAACCUCCUCAAUAAAAAAGGAACCCGGAGUCUCAUCAUCCAAAAGGUCCAAAAGAAAUCCCCAAAAGGGUGACAUUGGUUCCAUGGGUAUUCCAAUUCCAGAUAAGAUGAAUGAUGCUGAUGACGUUGGUUGUGAAACGAGCAGUGGGAAAAAAGAACUUGUGCAGAAGGAAGAUAAUGAUAUCACACAGAAAUGGAGAUCCAAGACUUCCAAAGUUUCUGUUGAGAGCUCAUCGGCGUUUGAAGUCCAUUCAUCUGACAAGACGCAUGAACUAGAUCUUCAAAGCAAUGAUGCUUCAUCUGUUCCAUCCAAGAAGAAGAGAAUAAGAAGAACCCCCUUAACAAAAAAGGAACCUGGAGUCUCGUCAUCCAAAAGGUCUAAAACAAAACCCAAAGAGAGUUGCGUUGAAUCCCUGGAUACUCCAACUCCGGGUAGGUUGAAUGAUGCUGCUGAUGUUGGUUGCGAAACAAGCAGUGGGAUAAAAGAACUCGUGGACAAGGAACAAGUUGCCUUUGAGAGCUCAGUGGCGAUUGAAAUCCAACCAUCUGACAAGAAUCACGAGACAGGUCCUCAAAGCAAUGAUGCUUCAUCUGUUCCAUCAAUGAGGAAGAGAACUAAAAGAACCCCCUCAACAAAAAAGGAACCUGGAGUCUCGUCAUCCAAAAGGGCUAAAGGAAAACCCAAAAUGAUUUGCGUUGAAUCCCUGGAUAUUCCAACUCUGGGUAAGAUGAAUGCUGCUGCUGAUGUUAGUUGCGAAACAAGCAGUGGGAUAAAAGAACUCGUGGACAAGGAACAAGUUGCCUUUGAGAGCUCACUGGCGUUUGAAAUCCAACCAUCUGACAAGAGUCACGAGACAGGUCCUCAAAGCAAUGAUGCUUCAUCUGUUCCAUCAAUGAAGAAGAGAACUAAAAGAACCCCCUCUACAAAAAAGGAACCUGGAGUCUCGUCAUCCAAAAGGGCUAAAGGAAAACCGAAAAAGAUUUGCGUUGAAUCCCUGGAUAUUCCAACUCUGGGAAAGAUGAAUGCUGCUGCUGAUGUUGGUUGCGAAACAAGCAGUGGGGUAAAAGAACUCGUGGACAAGGAACAAGUUGCCUUUGAGAGCUCACUGGCGCUUGAAAGCCAACCAUCUGACAAGAAUCCCGAGACAGGUCCUCAAAGCAAUGAUGCUUCAUCUGUUCCAUCAAUGAAGAAGAGAACUAAAAGAACCCCCUCAACAAAAAAGGAACCUGGAGUCUCGUCAUCCAAAAGGGCUAAAGGAAAACCCAAAAGGAUUUGCGUUGAAUCCCUGGAUAUUUCAACUCUGGGUAAGAUGAAUGCUGCUGCUGAUGUUGGUUGCGAAACAAGCAGUGGGGUAAAAGAACUCGUGGACAAGGAACAAGUUGCCUUUGAGAGCUCACUGGGGCUUGAAAGCCAACCAUCUGACAAGAAUCCCGAGACAGGUCCUCAAAGCAAUGAUGCUUCAUCUGUUCCAUCCAAGAAGAAGAGAAUAAGAAGAACCCCCUUAACAAAAAAGGAACCUGGAGUCUCAUCAUCCAAAAGGUCUAAAACAAAACCCAAAGAGAGUUGCGUUGAAUCCCUGGAUACUCCAACUCCGGGUAGGUUGAAUGAUGCUGCUGAUGUUGGUUGCGAAACAAGCAGUGGGAUAAAAGAACUCGUGGACAAGGAACAAGUUGCCUUUGAGAGCUCAGUGGCGUUUGAAAUCCAACCAUCUGACAAGAAUCAUGAUACAGGUCCUCAAAGCAAUGAUGUUCCAUCUUCUCUACCCAAGAAGAAGAGAACAAGAAGAACCCCCUCAACCAAAAAGGAACAAGGAGCAUCUUCAUCCAAAAGGUUCAAAAGUAAAACCCAAAAGAGUGACGGUGAGUCCCUGGAUAUUUCCAUUCCAGAUAAGAUGGAGGAUGCAUCUGAUGUUGGUGGUGAAACGAUCACUGAGAAAAAGCAACUUGUGGACAAUGAAGGUGACAUGCUCGCACAAGCAGAGUCCAAGCAUUAGAAGUUGCCUUAGAUAGCUCAUUGACGCCAGUGCACUCACAGCAUUUGUCAAAAUGAAGAAACUAAAAUAAUAUAAAGAUGUUUUAAGUUUUUAUUUGGGGAAAAGUCAGUAGUUUUUAGUCGUUACUAGUUCAAAUCUGAAAACUUUGUACUGUUAUUGAAUUUCAUAGCUCUUCUAACUUUGAAAGCUAUGAGAUCAUUAGUUUGUCAACUUUAGUUUAUUUGAAUGUACAAUUGGUGGAUUCCAUGCUCAACCAAGUUUUUGGUGGAGCAUCGCCUUUUCAAGCACAUGAAUGAUUUCUUUUGCUGUGA